GGUCCUACCGACAUCUCUGUCCAUUGGAAUGACGUCGGUGAACAGUUAAUCAGCUGAUUCUGAGCGAUCAAAUAAACCAAAAUAACACGGCUUUAUCUGUCCAAAAAGUGUAACAUCUGCCAAAAACUGAGUAUAUUUGUGUGGGACAUUGUUGACAUGCUUAAUUGGGUUGUGCCCAACAGCUCGUCAUCAUGGACAAGAUAUUAGAGGGACUUGUGAGCUCCGAUCACUCUGUUCCUGUGAAGAGGGCCAUUGUGAAGAAGGUUGUCGAAGCGGCAGAGAAGGAAGUGACUGAAGAACAGUGUCAGUCCCUGUUUGUUCUCACCACCCGCCUCAUCCUGCUCGGUGAAGGCUUCCAGAAGCAGAUCGGCCUGCAGGUUUUGGAGGCGUACGCACGCUACCAUCGCCCAGAGUUUGAGCGUUUCUUCAGUAAAGACUUUGUCCUCGGUCUUCUUCAGCAGGGCUACGUACAGCUAGACCGCAAAGACCCAGCCAUCAUAGACUACAUCCACUGCUGCUUGCGGCUGCUCAUCAGCUGCCCCUCGGUGCUGGAGAUCUUCAGCGUGAUUCAGGUGGAGGUUCUAAGGAUGGUGUGUGAACGCCCAGAGCCUGCUCUCUGCGCCCGCCUCAACACUUUGCUGUCAGACUUUGUGCAGUGCAUCCCAAGAGACAAGUCUGGCGUCUUGUUCUGCCAGCAGCUGGUGAGGACAAUCAGUUACUUCCACUGUUUUGCCAGCCAGGAGCGGGAGCUGAGAGAGUAUGUAGGUCAGGUGACCAGGGUCAGCACGCUGCUGCAGAAUAUCUGGAAAAACGACCCAGCCACACUGCUUCCCUCGCUGCAGGAAGUCUUUGCCAUUAUCUCUUCCACAGACCCCUCCUUUGACCCAUCCAUCGCUCUGGCCAGCUUAGUCCAGCACAUCCCCGUUCAGAUGAUCACAGUGCUCAUUAAGAGUCUCACCACCGACCAAAAUGUCAAGGACGCGAGCAUGACAAAAGCUCUCUGCAGGAUGAUCGACUGGCUCUCUUGGCCUUUGGCCCAACAUGUUGAUACCUGGGUCAUUGCUCUUCUGAAAGGACUGGCAGCAGUUCAGAAGUUCACCAUCCUCAUAGACGUCACUCUGCUCAAAAUUGAACUGGUAUUCAGUCGCCUGUGGUACCCCAUCGUGCGGCAGGGGGCGCUCACUGUGCUCUCUCAUAUGCUGCUGAGUUUCCAGCACUCUCCUGAGGCCUUCCAUUUGGUUGUUCCACAUGUGGUGCAUCUGGUCCAGUCUUUGAGGACAGAUGGGCUCCCCACCAGUACUUUCCUGCUGCAGUUCACUGAGCUCAUACACUGCAUGAUGUACCAGUACUCUGGCUUCCCUGACCUCUACGACCACAUCAUAGAGGCCAUCAAGGAUCUUCCAAAACCUGGAGAGGAGAAGAUCAAGUUGGUGUUGAAUCAAAGUGCCUGGACCUCCCAGUCCAACUCAUUUGCCUCAGGUCUUGUGAGGCAGGUUGGGAAGUCUGAGACCGGCAAGACCGGCCUGGUCAACCUGGGGAACACCUGUUACAUGAACAGCAUCCUCCAGACCCUCUUCAUGGCCACAGAUUUCAGGCGGCAUGUCUUAUCAUUAAACCUAAACGGCUCCAACACAUUAAUGAAAAGGCUUCAGCUCCUCUUUGCUUUCCUCGCCACACUCAGGGCAGCAUACGCUCCCAGGAACUUCUUGGAAUCAUCUCGGCCUCACUGGUUCAACGUCGGCUCUCAGCAGGAUUGUUCAGUAGUACCUGCGAUUUAUUCUGACAGGUUACAUGAGGAGGAGAAAAACACUUCAAGUCCUUGAAUCAGCCAAGCCAAGGUCGCCUCCCCUGUCGAUAACAGCAAAGACCCAACCGCUCAGGCUCAUCCAGAGGACACUGAAGAGUCAUCUGUGUCUGCAGUAGAAGCUAAAUCUGUGAAUGAUGGGAGGACUUUGAUAGAAAGGAUGUUUGGUGGGAAUCUGAUCACAGGGAUUCGCUGUACGCAGUGUAACGGCAUCUCUGAGAAACAGGAGCGCUUUACGGACUUGUCUUUGGCCUUCUGUCCUUCUGUGACCUCUCAGGACAACCCUCACCCACAGGGGUCCUCAGAGGAGCCCAAAGUCCUCUGUCAAGGAUCUGUGAAUGGCGGCAGUGAGACUCCAGAGCCAGGCUCGGCCAAAACCCCUGCUAGCAAUGUCAGUUUUGUGCCAGUGACAAACGGUCCCCCACUCUCCGUGCCUGACCUGGUGAACUAUUUCCUGGCUCCGGAGAUCCUGGACGAAGAGAAUGCGUACUUCUGUGAGAAGUGUGGCUCCCUGCAGCGAGCGCAGAGGACAAUGAAACUGGUGUCCGCACCUGAAUACUUGAUCCUCACCCUGCUGCGAUUCUCAUAUGAUGCCAAAUGCCACGUCCGCAGGAAGAUUCUAGACAAUGUCACCAUCCCUCCCCUCAUGAGGCUUCCUGUGCACUCCCCUUCAAUGCAUACACAAUGUUCCUCUUCUACCUCCUCUCCUCUGCAAGUGGACUCCCCCGAGAGCAGCGAGAAUCUGGCCAAGAAGCUGAAACCAUCUCAGAAAGAGGAGGAGGAAGAGGAAAAGGAGAGGAUAGAUGGAGACGAGCUGAUAAACAGCGAGGGGGAGAUGUCAGUCCAGUCUGUUCCCUACGUCCUCAGCUCAGUGGUGAUGCAUUCUGGCAUUUCCUCCGAGAGCGGCCACUACUACUCUUACGGCCGAAACAUUAACGGAGCAGAUGGAUCGCAGCAUCCGGCCAAUCACUUUGCCCUCAAGGAGGAUUUGGGGAACGGACAGGCCGAGUGCAGCCCUCUCACUUGCUCCGCUCUUUCGAUUCCACCUGAACAAGGAGACAAACUUUCCACCCAGGAGGCAAGAUGGCUGCUGUUCAACGAUAGCAGAGUUACAUUCUCGUCCUUCCAAUCAGUGCAAAACAUUACCAACCGCUUCCCCAAGGACACGGCGUAUGUGCUCAUGUACAGAAAACAGGAGCUACGAGGGCCGAGCACAAACGGAGGACAGACGGCGAAUGGAAUGAUAGUGAGUGCAGAGCCUCCGCUGCAAGAACUCCUGGAUGCUAUCAUCAAGGACAACAAGCUGUAUUUACAGGAGCAGGAGCUCAACGCUCGGACCCAGGCUCUCCAGGCCCCUUCAUCCUCCUGCUCAUUCAGGCCCAACGGUUCAGAUGACAAUAACCCACCAGGGAGCUGCGGCCCAUCUGGUGGAGGGGGGGGAGGGGGAGGGGGCUUCAAUACUAUCAGUAGACUGGUAUUCUGAGAGAGCGAGAGAGAGAGGGAGAGGGAGAGAGGAAAAAAAGCAGCAGGAAAAUCAGAUGAACUGUGACGAGGAGAGACCUGCACUGAUCAAACAGGAGCUGAACUGUCACACAGCACAUGUGUAAUAACCUCAAAAAAAGCACUGAAAAGAUCUGAAAUCACACAUGCUCACACACUUAGAACACUGACGCUACAUCUGAUUAAAGAUUUGGAUUUUCAGACUAGGUAGCACUGUUGUAGUCACUAUUUCAUACGGAAUUUAUCUUGAUUAUUUUAUUGACAAGGAAAUCUUUAAUAAGUUCUCAAAUAAAAAAAAAACAGAGGUACAUGAUCGUUAUUAGAGCAGAUGUUAUCUCUUCCAUAAAUGAAAGAUGUAAAACUAAAAAUGAUUUCAUAUAUAAAUAAUUUCAUGCAUUGAUUGAAUGUGGAGAAAUGAUCCAGUCUAGAACAUGUUGAUAUGAUCUGGUUUUUCCAGAGUGUUUAUGAUAUUACCUCACACACACACACACACACACACCCAUACAUACUCACACACUGCACACACAUACAAACAUAUGCAAACAUAUGCAUGUGCAGUGCACAGUAAAGGAUUUAAAAAAAAGCAUUCAGCUGUAAGAUAAGAGACUUGUUGGAUUUGAACACACAGCUCAACCUUUGUUACUUUUCUGAAUUGCAUGUGGCUUUCCCUUAACGAGCUGUGGAGUCUGAUUUUCAAGAUAUUUGAAUCUUUUCUGAUGUGUGCUGUGGUGUUUUAUAGGUUUCUUAUUCCAUGCAAUAAAUGUAAGUAUGACUUCAAAUAUCAUUCUGACUUAUGAAAAACAAGACUAGUUGAAACUACUACGAUACUACAGUAUAUAUGAGAAAUGUCCAAGAUAAGGCAUUUUUGGAUAUGAGUAUUUACUGCUUUCCCCCCUUCAAGGUGAUGUCAUCUACAGAGAAUCUGAUUGCAAACUGCUUGUCUCAUAUAUGACAGCAGUUUACUGUUGUAUUUCAUAUUUUAUUGUGUUCCUAUGAUUUGAUCAAUUAGAUAGACAUUGUGUUCAUGCUGAUUUUAUGUGCCUUUUCGUAUUAAAUGCAGAUUUUUGAAGAGGGA